AUGUCUGUCAACAUUGAAAAGAUCCUAGCUGCGUCGCCCGCUACUCAGCGCGGCCAGCCAACCCAACUCUCGUCCGACAACAAAGGCGAGCGUCUUGCCUAUGCGGCCGGCAAGUCUAUCUUCCUUCGAUCCAUCGAUAACCCAUCCGUUAGCAAGCAAUACACUGGGCAUACUGCCCAGACGAGCGUCGCCCGCUUCUCGCCAAGUGGCUUCUAUGUAGCCAGUGGUGAUGUCUCAGGAUCCGUAAGAGUCUGGGACGCUGUUGAGGCUGAAAAUACCAAGGGCGAAUACCACAUCAUCUCGGGCCGCAUCAACGACAUCGCGUGGGACGGCGAUUCUCAGCGCAUCAUUGCAGUUGGCGAUGGCAAGGAGCGUUUCGGACACUGCAUUACGGCUGAUAGCGGAAAUUCGGUAGGAGAGAUCAGCGGUCAUUCCAAGGUCAUCAACUCUGUCGCCGUGCGACAACAACGUCCGCUGCGGGCAGCGACGGUCUCCGAUGAUAGCUCUCUAUGCUUCCUCCACGGCGCUCCUUUCAAAUUUAACUCCAAGAACGCCACUAGCCAUCGGGGUUUCGUCUUUGGUACUGCUUUCUCGCCCGACGGUAACCAGCUGGUGACCGUCGGUGCCGACAAGCGCAUCCAACUCUAUGAUGGCAAGACGGGUGAACCAACGAAACAAAUCGGAGAGGGCGAGCACACAGGUAGCAUCUUCGCCGUGUCGUGGGCCAAGGACGGAACGAAGUUCGUCACUGCCAGCGCGGACCAGACCGUCAAGCUCUGGGAUGUUGAGGCAGGCAAAGCAACUCAGUCGUGGAAGUUUGGCCAAGACGCUGGUGUUAGCGUUGGUGAUCAACAGGUCGGUGUUGUUUACCCUCACGGCAGGACCGAUGGCCUGAUCAUCAGCUUGAACCUUAACGGUGACCUGAUCUACCUUAAUGAAGGCAGCGAUAAGCCGAGCAAGAUCGUCCAGGGACACAACAAGAGUAUUACAGCUCUUGGAACUUCUUCCGACGGCAAGGGCCAGACUUUGUGGACCGGCAGCUUUGAUGGCCGUGUUUGUCAGUGGGAUGUUGCAUCGGGGGUCGGUGCCGUUGUUGACGGCCAGGCACAUACGAACCAGGUCACUCAAUUCAGCGCUGAGGCAGGACAGACUUACAGUGUCGGCUGGGACGAUACGUUGCGGAUAGUUGAUGAGUCUGCCAACACCUUCGCCGGCGAGUCUGUCAAGCUAUCUGCACAGCCUAAGGGCGUAGCGGCUACGAACGGAAAGCUGUUUGUGGCGACACUCGAGGGAGUUGACGUCUACGAGAAGAGUAAGCUGGUCGCCGAGAACCGUCUUGGAUUUUCUCCUCUUGCGGUUGGCGCCUACGGGUCUACUGUGGCAGUGGGAUCUGGAAACUCGGUCAAGAUCUACAGUGUAGACGGCUCUGGCAAACUCUCCGAGACCAAGUCGCUCGACAAGUCGACCUCUCAGAUUUCCUGCCUCUCCUUCUCCAAGGAUGGCCAAUUUCUUGCGGUGGGCAACCAGAUCGGCAAGAUUGUGGCAUACAAAACCAACAACUGGGAAAUUGCUACGGACAGGUGGUCAGCGCACACGGCAAGGGUUACUUGUAUUAGCUGGAACGAUGCAGCGACACACGCCGUUUCUGGGGCCUUAGAUACCAAUGUGUAUGUGUGGAGUUUGGCCAAGCCUGGUAGCCGUGUCAAGGCUCUCAACGCCCACAAGGAUGGUGUCAACGGUGUUGCUUGGGUUGGAGAUGGCACCAAGGUCGCAAGCGCCGGAGGUGACGCCGCGAUCAAGGUCUGGACUGUGUCUGGACUGCAAUAG